CUCUACACAUAAAAGAAACAAGUAAGCCAAGAAAGCAAGAAAGGAUCUCAUUCAUCGAAUCUAAUUAAGAUGGUGAGUCUCUUUUCGUCGAAGAAAGGAAGCAAAGAAAGCAAGAACCCUUAUUCAAACCGCGGACUUAACAAAUUCUCUACACUUCUCUCUGAGCUAGACGAGAAGAGACGGAACAUUUACGCAAAGAGGGUCGACUCCGAUGGGCCGUCUCUUGUUCGGUUUGUGUUCAAGAGCUCCGGCGAGUGUGUCCCUGUCAUGAUCAAGACAAAGAAGGGACCAAAGAAGAAGGAUGAUGCUCAAGGCGAUCUCGUUGUCAAGACCGAGUCAAACACAAAGGAGGAAAAAGAAAUAAAGCCAGAAGCAAGGGAGCAUAAACAGAGAUGCGUAUUGAAAAAGAAUCUGAAGAAGUUUUCAAGACCGAACCAUUUUUUGCCGCUGACAACGAUCUUGGUUCUGAUCUUCUUGAUGUUUUUUGGACGAAGCGUUUCGAUAAUGUGCACUUGUAUUGUUUGGUACUUGAUUCCGAUUAUCAAGGAACAAAGUAGAAAGAAUGGUUCAACAUAUAAGACCAAAAAGAAGAAUAAGAAGAAAACGAAUACAGAAAAUGGAGCAUCGCUUAAUAAGAAGAUGGCUUGUGACCAAACUGUUCUCAAGGAGAAGUAUCCGCAUGUGGCUGCUCCUUGUCAAACCACCCGGUGACUGACAAAAUUGAUAACCUUGUACUAUUUUAUUGUGUGUGAAAAUUCUUUUAUUCGUUUCAUCUGAUAUUAACCCUAAUGUUUUUGUUCCUUAUUUGUUUUGUUCAUAUAGUUGUUAAUUUUUGAAAAUGAUUUUUUUUUGUUGGUAAAAUUGAAAAUGAAAAUGAAAAAUUUGUAUGUAUUUGUCACGUACCACUUCUAGUUCUGAUGACACAUGUAAAACGGAUGAUUUUUUUUUUAUCGUUGACGAUAGUUUUUUGAUUCAAGUCUACAGGCUACAGCAUUCGUAUAAUCUUUAGACUUAACGGGAAUGUUUUGGCUUUCGACAUGUUUGGUUGCUUGUUCUGUUUUGGACAACCUGUACAGUUCGUUCACUUGUUUACUCUACCCACGUUUGGUGUUAUUUAAGGAAUUUGUAUGAUACGGCUGGACAACAUGUAUGAUAAACACUCUGAAUUUUCAUCUAUUUAUUAAUAAUGUAAUACAUAGUUAUCUUGUAAGAUUAGCUUAAUCAAAGAAAAUACCGUGAAGAUGUUAAAUGUAAUGCCAACUAUAUAUUUUGCUCAUCACUUAAGCUAAGGGUCCAAAAAGGCAUGGAUCUUAUCAUCACAUUGUGCACCAAACGUAUAUAUUAGACUCUGUAAGGUGCCAAGAUGCAAUUUGGUGCACAAUGUGUCUUGACAAAAUCUAUACGUUUUGAGUGACAUCCCACUUAAUGAAACAAUUUGGUUGUAACUGGUUAUCAAUUUAUGUAAUAUCAUGAAUGAAUGAAAUUAAAAAAAAUAGAACGUAGUAGAUGAAUGGAAUAAGGAAAGUUAUGGAAUAAAAAAAAUUGAAUUUCACUCUACUCAUUCCAUUUAUUCAUGAGUUUUUUUAAUCAUGAAUGUUUCAUAACUACAUUUUAUUUUUUUCCAGACAUUCCAUAAAGAAUUAUUGGAAUGAGAAUUGUUUUUUAUUCCAUUCAAAUGGUAAAAAAAAUUUGGAAUAUGUAUGAAUAAGCCAUUCCAAACAAUUUCAUUUCAAAAACUUGUAAUCCAGUUGCACCCAAAGGCAAGAAUAGAGAGAGAGAAGCUGCCAAGAUAGGAGAGAAAGAGUACCGGUUGAGUGAACUGAGAACUGUUUAGU